AUGGCCAUCACAGAACUUAAUCCCCAUACAACGUCUAAUGGGGCUUCUAAAGUGAAGAUCAUUUUCGUGACGCUUCUAUUCCUUUUGUCGCUCGCGUCAUUUAUUUGUCAAACAGAGUUUACUAGUCAAGCAUACACGUUGGGAUUCAAAGAGCCUAUAAUCUUAUUAUUGGUCACACAUGGUUCAUGGUGGCUCUUAUGGCCGAUUCAAACCAUCUCCGUUGCAUUCUUGCGUGUGGCUCAGCGUGUAAAGAGCGGCUCCACUCACUAUGAAAGUUUGGGUUCAAACACAGUUUUGCUUGAAAAUGAGCUGCCCAAUCUCGAGCAACCACAACAACGGGUCAACAUGUACAAAUAUUUCAAAAAAAGCAUCAUAAAGCAGAUACACAAUGUCUAUCACACGCUGAUUCUCAUCUAUGAGGCCAAUGUCAACGAUGACCGCUCCACCAGUAACCUCAAUACUUUAGUGGACCAGAACCAACAUCUUCCUGCCAAUAGUUCCAUCAGAGCGUGUAUCCGUGCCCUUAUUUCUACCCCUGCGUUCAAGUACAUUUUUGUGAAGACUGCAUUCAUUUCUGUCGUGCUCAAUGUUGCUGGACUUACAUGGUAUGCGGCCAUGUCCAUGACAUAUGCUUCGGAUGUGACAGCUAUCUACAAUUGCUCCGCAUUUACCGCAUAUGCAUUUGCAAUCCCUAUUCUUCACGAGAAAUUCACGUGGCUUAAAAUGAGCUCCGUGGCUAUUGCCGUAUUUGGUGUUUUCGUGGUGGCUUAUUCCGGCUCCGACUCACCUUCUUCAAACGACCAAUAUCCCUAUAGGUUGUGGGGAAAUCUUCUCAUUUCCAUCGGUGCUGUGCUUUAUGGAUAUUAUGAGGUUCUAUACAAGAGAUAUGCAUGUGUGCCAGCGCACCUUGCGCUGUUGAUAACUCCUCGGCGCCAGCUGACCUUCGCUAAUUUCGUGAUGGGUUUAUUGGGAAUGUUCACCUUGAUUUUGAUUCUUACAUUAGUCAUUUUAGCAGAAGUGUUGCAUAUUCAUCAUUUUAAUUUGUUUGACUAUGGCUCAAAUACUGGUAAAAUCCUUGGUUAUGUUUCAGGUUCCAUCAUUUCCAAUUUGCUAUUUAGUGGGUCCUUUUUGUCCUUGAUGGCGCUCACAUCACCAGUUUUAUCUUCAGUAAGCUCGUUGUUGACAAUCUUUCUCAUUGGUCUCGUGGAAUGGAUUCUAUUUGGAAAUAGCUUGAGUGCCACUCAAUUGUUGGGCGACGCUUUUGUUAUAAUUGGUUUCACUAUAUUAACAGCUGCAUCUUGGAAAGAGAUCAGCGAGGGAAGUGAUGAGGACGAUAUUGAAACAGCAAGUUUCUACUCUUUUGCUCCCAGUGAAAAUACGAUCGCCAACUGA